GACUCGGGCAUUUUGAGGAUUAUUCUCUCAUUAUACUUGGAUAUAGACAUUGACGGAGUGAGAGGUGAUAUAAAAGAAGAGAGAGAGAGAGAGAAAGAGAGAGAGAGAGAGAGAGAGAGAGAGAGAGAGAGAGACACGGUUUGCUCAUCAAACUUGGCUUGUCACCUUCUCUGACUUGAGUCUGAAGUGUUUUCUCCCUCGCUCAUCUCGUUUGCUCAUCUGCUGUGGAUCAUGAGCGGUGAAUGGCUGCAGGGAGACGAGAGCUCGGUCAUGACCCCGUCAGAGGAGGAGAAGUGCGAGGAGCUGUGGGAGCGAGUGGAAGGAGUCCGACACAAACUGACCCGCGUUUUAAACCCGGCGAAGCUGACACCGUAUCUGCGGCAGUGUAAGGUGAUCGACGAGCAGGACGAGGACGAGGUGCUCAACUCCAGUCAGUAUCCGAUGAGAAUCAGCAGAGCCGGCCGUUUAUUGGACAUCCUGAGGGGGCGUGGCGAGCGCGGUCUGCAGGCUUUCAUGGAGUCACUGGAGUUUUAUCAUCCGGAGCAGUUCACACAGCUGACCGGACAACAACCGACUCAACGCUGCUCCAUCAUGCUGGAUGAGGAGGGUCCUGAGGGUCUGACUCAGUUUCUGCUGCUGGAGGUGCGUAAGCUGCGAGAACAGUUGCGCGGCAGUCGUCUGUGCGAGCGACGUCUGUCUCAGCGCUGCCGUGUGGCCGAGGAGGAGCGCAGUCGUGCCGAACGCAAAGCACAAGAGCUGCGACAGGACCGGAUACAGCUGGAGAGGUUGAGGCAUGACAAGGAGUCUUGUACUCGUGAGUUGGGUUUGCUGAAAGACAGACACCUGGAACAGGCUGUGAAAUACUCGCGAGCGCUAGAGGAACAGCGCAGAGCUUCUGUGCGCGAGAAAGAACUACUCACAGAGGUGGAGCAGCUAAGGAAGAGAUUGCUGGAGGUGGAGAAAAGAGCAGACGAUGGCUCCUCCCCCUCACUGAUGCAUCAUAUGAGCAAUGAGGCGUGUGAUAGCGCGUCUCCAGGCCCGAUGGAGACGCAGCCGCUCACUGUGAGAAAGACAGAGCAUAACACUGGAAAUCAGGCUCUGUUAGACAUCCUCCAGCAGGACCGGCGGGAGGCGGUGGAGCAGCGGCAGGAGUUGUGCAGUGCCAUCGCCCGACUGCAGGGAGAGCUGGAGAGUUCGGAGAUGCAGAGAGAGCGGCUGGCGUCUCAGUGUGAGCAGCUUCAGCUGCGGCUCAGGGCUCUGCAGCUGGACUGGGAGACGGAGCAGAGCAGGAGUGUGUCCUACUUCACCCAGAUCAUGGAGCUGGAGAGAGAGAGAGACCAGGCGCUGCGCAGUCGUGACGCUCUGCAGCUGGAGUUCACCGACUGCCUGCUGGACAAGAACCGUCUUCGCAAACGCAUGGCGGAGCUUCAGAACAGCCUGGAGCAGCAGCAGAGAGAGACGGAGAGUCAUCGAGGGCAGAGAGAGCAGAGCGCCCCCUGUCUGCACUGCUCUCAUCUGUCGUUGUUCAGUGAGGAUCAAUGUUUCGGGCCGUGCUGUUCAGGCGAUCUGAGUCCCAGCCCACUCAUACUCAGAGCUCAAAAGUCAACCUCUCAAGCUCAGAUCUGUGAGCUGUCUGAAGACUCGUAUUGCUCAAAUUCAGAGGAGAAUCUGCUGACGCCGGAGUGUAACACGGAGAAGGACAUCAACAGACUCUCGACAUUCCCCUUUCCUCCCUGCAUGAACUCCAUCCACCGCAGAGCAAACGUGGAGUUUGAUCUGAACUCCUGGGGGAGCGACGAGAACGAGACACCUACAGAGGAUUUAGACUCGUGUCUGUUGAGUUCGUGGAGUUCCCUGCCGUCUCAACUCUUUCCUCUUGACGUGAUCAACGUGAUCGAACCUUCAUCAUCCUCAUCCUCACCGCGCUUAGAUCCAGUUCUCUCCUCUUCGCCCAAAAGCAUCAGUCUGGCGAGUGACAUCACCAUCAUCGGGGGCAACCGGACGGGUGUGUUCGUGCAGACGGUGAGGACGGGGUCGCCCGCGGAGCGAUGCGGUCUGAAGGAAGGCAGUGAACUGCUCGAGUUGGAUCAGGUGUUGUUGGGUGAGGGUCGUGUUCGCCUCAGUCAGUGUACGGCUGAAGUGGCUCAUUUCUCACUGCAGUGGUGGACCGAACCGAGCGCACUCAAACACACACACAACCAGGAGGGUUACUCUCGUUUAUUGGCUGAACUCUCGUCUCCAUCCUUCACCGGUGCCGACUCGUUCUAUGUGCGCGUGAACCUUGACCUCAGUUCCCACGGCGACCCGCCAUGUCUCAGGGCUCGCUGUGACGAUGUGCUGCACGUCACCGACACGCGUUAUAACGGCAAAUAUCAGUGGCGCUGCGUUUGCGUGGACAAACACACGGGGGCGCCGCUGCAGGCCGGAGCCGUGCCCAACUACAACCGAGCUCAGCAGCUGCUGUUGGUGAGACUUCGUACGAUGGCGAUUGAACAGAAUCAAUGCAGGAAGAAGUUCAGUAAGAAAACCCCCGAACACAUUCGGCUCAUUAAAGCGGUCGCUUCAAACUAUCGUGCGAUCGGCUCGUCCAAUCAGGUGCUCUACACACUCAGUAACCGUCAUGAGGAGCAGCUGAUCCCGUUCAGUCUGGUUCAGAUGAUUCGGGUCUCCAGCAAACGGCCGGUGGUGUUCUGUCCGUCUCUGCUGUCACGCGGGAUCAUCGAGCGGCUUCUGCAACCGGUCGAAUCCGGUCUGGACUUCAACACCUGCCAUCCAGAGCCGCUGGAGGGUUGUGUGCGUCAAGAUAAAAGUGUGUUCCUCUUAGACUCUUCAGAUCAACCACUGGGAAUCAAACUACAGAGUAUUCAAGAGGUUAUUAACCAGGACAAACACUGUCUGCUUCAGCUAGGCUUGAAUCAUGUGGAGCACCUCCUGAAGCAGAGCAUCUAUCCCAUCAUCAUCUACAUCAAACCCAGAGACAAGAAGGGCCGCAAGUUCAGGAAGCUGUUAUCAGGUCACAGAGAGGAGGAUCUGAUGGAGGUGUGUCAGAUGGAAGAGCUGCAGCUGGAGACUCUUCCCCUGAUGUUCAGUACGCUGGAGCCGAACAUGUGGAGCUCCACGGACGAGCUGCUCGCCGUCAUACGCAGCACCAUCCUGGUCCAGCAGAGGGCGGUGGUGUGGCUGGAGCAGGAGCGCGUCCUGUAACUCCAUGCUUUCAGGAAAUACAGGCGACGUAAUGAUGAUGCAUCCAGACAUGCUUUACACUCACUGUUAUUUUAGGUGACAGAUGCUUAAUGAACAUACUGAUUAUAUAUGUAUACUCAAAAACUCCAUAAUGUGAAUAAUUUAAUAUGAAUAUUUAUAAGAAAUUGACUGUUUUUGUGUUUGUUUUAUAUCAUCAUUUUACUUUGAGUUUUGUUGUAGUUAUUAAGUUACAGUUGUAAACUUCUUUAAACAUGGCCGCAAAUGUUUACAGAUAUUUAGGGGCCGUUUCCACGCACAAUUUGUCAGGUUUUACGUGAAAACCCUUGUUUUGGCCUCUCACUGACACGAAAACUGCAGUGUGAGGGCCUGAAAUGUAAACAUUUUCACAACAAUAUCUUUAUUGUCUCAGUAUAAACUACAAAAAUGUGAUUUUAAGAAAACUGUGACAUUAUGUGUUCAGUCUAUAGGUGUGUAAUGCUUCACGAGUCACAUGAACAGGACCGCAUUUUUGCAGAUCUGUGUGAAUGGGGAUCAUUCUGACAAUGUUGUUGUCUCUAUUUGAAAAAUGCAAAGGAAAUACUUUUCUGUUUUAGGACAUUAUUGUCAUGUAAACGUGUUCUUGAGAUUCAGGCACACAGAGUGUGUUAACUAAACCAAGUUAACUGUACUGCUGUAGGCCUACUGUAUUUUCUUUCUUUCUUUUUUUUCCCCCUGAGUUUAUUAUGAUCACUGACCCAGAGAACUGCAUGACUACUAUACAUUCAUGGUGUAUUUGAUCAUGUUUUGAAUAAACUGCACUUAAUCACUUAA